AGAGUAUUUUAGAGACUGGCCUCUCUCACUGCCUCUGCUGAAUAACUUCCUAAAUGCCCUCUCAUUUGUCUUUUGCGGUGGGGCUCAUUCAGAGCUGCAUUGUGCAGUGGGCUCUGUUAGUGUUGAGCCAGAGAUCAACCAAAGGGGCCACACGCUGCUCUUGUGGGGGCUCUCUCUCUCUUACGAUUAUUAGAAGAAGAAAAAUAAAAUUUUACUCAACUGUGUGUGGGAAGAGAGAUGUGAGAAAUUUGGAAGCACGUGGUGGAGAGAGUGUGCGGAAUUUGUGAAUGAAUCAGUGUGGGACUCAAGCCUCGGUCGAUGAGGAAGGUCUACUGAAAGCCCCACUGCUGGGUCGCGUGUGCUCUCUUUACGUAAUAACCGGGAAGAUUUUCUCUUCUCCUUAGCAAUUUUAUUUUAUUUUUUUUACUACCAUGGAGGGACUUUUUGUGAUCCUUCUUCUGUGUAUUUGUCUCCUUGGAGCCCUGCUGGUGGCAAAGGAGCUGCGACGUCCUAAAAAUUUCCCCCCAGAGCUUUGUCCCUCCCACACAGGACCACAAUGGCUCCCCAUUGUGGGGAAUUCCCCUCAAUUGCGACGCGAAGCAAGGAAAUUCGGUGGACUCCAUCGUGUCUAUGGCAUGUGGAUGGAAAAGUAUGGAAGUUCCGUGCUUGGGAUGAAGCUCGGUGGCACUUUGUAUGCUGUGGGGUCAUCGUAUGAUGUUGUCCGUGAAAUCCAUAUGCGUGAGGAGUUCGAGGGACGUCCUAAGAAUUUUUUUAUGCGUCUCCGUACAAUGGGUUCACUGCGCGGAAUCACAUGUGUCGACGGGGCAAUGUGGGCGGAACAUCGGGCUUUUGCGGUGAAACAUUUGCGAAAUGCCGGCUACGGGCGGCAACCAAUGGAGCUGGCAAUUGGGGAGGAACUUGAGGAUCUUCUUGCACUCAUUGAGCACCAAAUGGGUGCUUCUGGCCCAUUUUGGCCAGGGAAAAUCCUCCCGGUAUCCGUGCUCAAUGUUCUGUGGACCUUCACGGCGGGUAAACCACUUGGGCGCGAUGAUGUGCGCAUUGAGAAGCUCCUCUCGCUCCUGCAGGAACGUUCAAAGGCCUUCGACAUGUCCGGCGGGGUACUCUCCUCCAUGCCAUGGAUACGAUUCCUCGCCCCCGAAUGGUCCGGCUACAAUCUCAUCCGACGCUUCAAUGAAGAACUCAGAGAUCUCCUCAUGGAGACCAUUGAUGCCCACCAUGAGUCCUACAGUGAGGACAAAUCAUCCGAUGAUCUCAUUUAUGCCUUCAUAAAGGAGAUGAAGCAACAGCAGAACACACAGAAUCCCCAAUCAACCUUCACCAACAUCCAACUAACAAUGGUUAUUCUGGACAUUUUCAUUGCUGGCUCCCAAACAACAAGCAUCACAAUUGAUCUAGCCCUCAUGAUGCUACUCCUGCACCCCGAAAUGCAGGACAAGAUUUACGAGGAAAUCACGCAGAACAAUGAUGCGAAGAAUCUCUCGUCAUCCCUUCAUGGGAACUUCCCAUUCACAGAGGCGUACCUAAUGGAAGUACGGAGAUUCUUCAAUGUUGUCCCCAUUUCGGGUCCACGCAGGACAACACGCGAUACCCACCUGGGUGGCUACAGCAUCCCCCGCAAUACAACGAUUCUCAUUAAUUUGCAUUCAGUGCACAUGGAUGAGGAGCAUUGGGGUGAUCCGCACACCUUUCGACCUGAGCGAUUCCUCAGCGGUGGGAAGAUCUGCAAUGCAGAACGUUUGAUGCCCUUUGGGCAGGGCAAAAGGCGAUGCUUGGGCGAUACGUUGGCACGUGCGUGUAUUUUCACCUUCUUCACGGGCAUCGUGCAGAAAUUUAAGCUUGCACCCAUUGCCGAUGAGCCACCGGAUGUGAAUCUUCUGCCAGGCAUUACUCUCUCCCCCAAACCCUACAGAGUUCUCUUUGAGAAGCGAUGAAGGAGAGGAUGCGGAGGCGCCUAGUUGGUGUGGGAAUCCUUCUGCUAAUCCUUCAGAUAAGUUUCUCUUUACAUUUUUUUUUAAGAUCAGAAAAAUAUUUUUCUCUGGAUAAAAUAAUUCAUUUUCUGUUUAAAAGAAUAUUUUGUUUCACAGAAAAAAUCUUUUUUAACAGAAAAAUGAUUUUAUGAGCUCAAGAAUUAAUUUUCUGAAUAGAAAGAAUAAUUUUAUUUCAUAAAAAGAACAUUUUUCUGAUCAAAAGAAUAAUUUUUUGGUCAAAAGAGUAACUUGUUUAACAACUAAAAAGUUUUCUAUUUAGAAGAAUUUUUCUUUUGAUCAGAAACAUAUUUGUCUGAGCUUAAGAAUUAAUUUUUGAUCAGAAGAAUUAGUUUUCUGAUUAGAAAAAAAAUCUUUUGCUUAGAAGAAUAAGUUUUUCGAUCAGAAAAAAAAUGUUUUGAAACGAAGAUAUUUUUUGCGCUAAAGAUUAAUUUUAUUAUUAAAUAGAACAAAUUUUGUAACCAAAGAAAUAUUUCUUUUGUCCAGAAGAAUAAUUCUUUAAACUCAAAAAAUCAUUUUUCUGAUCUAAAGAAUUCAUUUUCAGAGUUUAAGAAUAAUUUUCUAAACAAAAAAGUUUUUUUUCAGCUCAAAAGAAUAUUUCUUUUGUCCAGAAGAAAAUUUUCUUUGAGCUCAAAAAAUUAUUUUAGAAUGAAAAGAAUUCAUUUUCUGAAUAGAAAAUACAAUUUUUUGAAAAGAAAAUAUUUUUCGGCAUUCAAGAAUUAAAUAGUUUUCUGAUCAAAAGAAUAAGUUUUUUUGGCCAGAAGAAUAGCUUUCUGAACAACAGAAUUAUUUUCUGUUUAUAAAAAAUAAAUUCUUUUGAUCCGAAAGGAGUUUUUUUUUAUCUUAAGAAUUCAUUUUCUGAUCGAAAAAAAGUUUUGAAUAUAAGAAUAUUUUUCUGAAGUCAAGAAUAAUUUUUCAAACAGAAGGAGAAUUUUUUUCAGCUCUAAAGAAUAUUCAUUUAGUUCAGAAGAAUAUUUCUUUGAGUUCAAAAAAUCCUUUUUCUGAUCAAAAGAAUUUAUUUUCUGUUCAAAAGAAUAUUUCGUUUAAUAAGAAGAUAAUAUUUUUUUGAGCCCAAGAAUAAAUUUUCUGUUAAAAAAAAGGUUUUUUUAUGAAAAAUAUUUUUUUCUUAGCUAAACAACAAUUUGAUCAAAAAACAAACUCUGAGUUAAAAAAUAAUUUUCUAUUAAAAAAAGUUUUUUUGUCAUCAAAAGAAUAAAUUUCUAUUAAAAAGAACAAAAUCGUAUCAAAAGAACAUAUUUUUCCUUGAGAAGAAUAUUUCUUAUUUUCAGUUCAAAAGAUUUUUGUUUGAUAAGAAAAUAUUUUCUUGAGCAAAAAAAUAAUUUUCUGAGCAAGAAAAAGACAUUUGUCCUUCCCUAUUCACAUCUUAAUGCUAAUCUCUGCCUAAUCUGCAAAAGAAUAUGGGCUUUUAGGGUCAUUUAGGGGUCACUUUAGUGUGUGGAUUUGUUUAGAGAAUUUUAGAAUUUUCACAAAUAAAUUUUGAAUUUAUCACAAA